AUGGGGAUGAAAGCUCGCUGCCAAUGUGGCAAGAUUCAAUUCACUACACCGACAGAUAAACCUCUGAAACUAUGGAUCUGUCACUGCACAGAAUGCCAGCACCAAAGCUCGUCUGCCUUCGGCAUCACCGCAACCUUUCCGUACUUCGAGCUCCCUGAGUCAGUAUCCGGUAUGGUCAACAGCUACACUCGAGUUACCCUCAAGGGCCGGGAUCUGGAGUGCCUUUUUUGCAAAGACUGUGGCGCGCGGCUUCUUCAUCGCUUCCGGGAUGCAGUGCCUGCACCUGGCGAACAGCCCGAAUUUUCUGCAAUUACCAACGUGAAAGGUGGAUGUUUGGAGGAUCUGAACAAAGAGAUGCUGCGAUCUGCAGUUCAUAUCUGGUGUCAGGAGGCGAUUAUUGAUAUUCCCGGAGGCGUGGAGAAGUGGGAUCAGGCACCGCCGCAGCCAAAUCCCUUAGUUAACUAA